AUGCGGAUGACAUCCUGUUCCCUGAAGAGGAUCUCCCACCCCAGCUGCUUCUUCUCUUGGAACAUCUCAUCUUCUGGUCUGAGUCAAAUUCACACCCCAUUGGACCAUCUCUUUUGUCUCAUGGAGAGAGACCAGUUAUGUUCAGCAUCAGACAUCUUGGAAUGCAAGGGCCCCAUCAAGGUUGCUGGGACAGUGGCAGCCCUCCUCAAGAUGCAUGCAAUCAAGCCCCGCUCCACUUGAUGCAUCACCAUUCACCAACUGUCUUGUUCACACAUAUCAGCCUCAUGACGUUCUGAUGCACAGCUGGUCUGUGUGCUGCACCUCCAAGUUAUCCAGUCUUCCCUACAUGCAUUUGAUGAGAUGAUUUGAUGAUUGCUUCUGUUCGUCCUUGGCUGAAUCCUUGCUGUGAUUGCAUCCUCAUUAGGGCAUUCUUGGCCAGCUGAAUGCAUUCCGUUGAAACGGAUCAAAAUUGCCAUUCUUCAUUUCCCAAUUCUAAUUUAUGAUAUUAUGUCAGAUAUUUUCUCCACCAAGUGUACAACGAAAUGUCUUCACUUUGCUUGACAAUCCCCUGAGAGCUUUAUCACCAAUUCUUCCUUAGUACUGAAGUGCAUAUUUUUUAGUUGAACUUGUCCUGGAGGUUGUGAUGCUUUGAGGAAAAAAAUAAAAUCCAGC